GACCCAAGCAGUACAUAACUGACGAAGUUGCUGCUGAAUUCGACAUUGAAAUCCUUAGGUUGCCCAUAAAGCACUGUAUGCUGAAUCCGAUAGAAAUUGCUUGGGGUGGUAAGUUUGUCGUCUCUUUUAUCAGUUACUAAUUCUGAUUUUAGGCAUGAAAAACUUUAUUCGAGAUCAAAAUACGACAUUCAAAUUGGAAGAAGUUCGUACAUUGGUCUCUAAUUGGUUAGCCGCUUGUGAUGAAACAGCGGCCACUGUAUUUUUUCACCAUGUUCAGAAAUAUGAAGAAACAUUUAAAAAAGCCGAUCAUUUUAUAGAAACAAUUGAAUUAACAUUAGUUGAUGAUGCUGAUGAUGACACUGCUGAUGACGAUGCUAUUGAUGAUGAUGAUUCUGAUGCUGCUAGUGAUGAUGAUGAAUUAAAACUCGGCAUAGGUGAAGAAGAGGAUGAAGACAAUUGA